AAAGCGGUAUUUUUAUUGUGAAUAGCCUAUAUCAUCGAAAUAGUGUUAUAGUACAGAUUAAGAAUUAAAGACAAACGGGACGAUCAAUGUUUUGGACGUGGAUACAUGAAAAUAAAAUUACAAUUAAAUGUGGUCAUCGUCGUGUCAAAUUUUGAUGUCGCAGCGGUCGCAUGUCUCCACUCAAUGCUGUUUGGCAGUUAACUCGGAAUAAAAAUGGAAUGAUUAUGGGAGCUUAUUGAAAAGAAGACGAGUUAAACUUGAGUGAGUUGACGGUUUCGUUGGUGGAUAUCAAACUGGGUCAACUGGUGACGAAGAAUGUUACGAAAACGAUCCAGAUGAUGGCCGAGCAGCUCCUCAUCUUCGACGGAGAAGCUUCGCAGGUAAUCGGUCCGCUUACGGCCGCCCAAAAGACGAACGCCGGAGCUGUCAAUUUGCUGCACCAGUUUGACCGAAAUCUGAGACGGGCUAUCGUUUCCUUGCCGGGCCUUUCUGAAGAUUGCGUCGACGCCGUGAUCGAUUCCCUCGAACACAUCGCCACUUUGAUGCGCAAUUGGAUCCAGCCGUUGCUGACGUCACUGACGGACGCCGUCGAAGCCAUCGUUUUGACGACGCACGAUGAAGAUUUCUCUAGCCCUCAUCCGCCGGAAGAUGGAGCCGCAUCCGCACCCUGUUCACUGUACAUGAAGGAGCUGCAAAGUUUUAUGUCGCGGUCGGCGGCCGACUACUUUUCCCUGUACCAUUCGCCGGAUUUCCUCCGCAAAGAACUGCGAGCGGUGGCGACCGGGUGUUUGGAUUUGUUUGUUCGUCACGCGAGUUUGUUGCGACCGCUGGGUGAUGGCGGCAAAAUGAAAUUGGCCGCCGAUUUCGCCCAGAUGGAAUUGGCCAUUUCAUCGUUUUACGACCGUCCGACAGAGUUGGGCCGCUCCUAUCGAGUCUUGCGCUCCUUCCGUCCGCUGCUCUUCCAGACUGUGGAACAUCCAUGGCCCAAUCGCCGACCGUCGGUGACGUCAUUCCCUACAGUCUUGUGUUGCACCCUAUUUGCUAGGGCACCGGCUGAAUUGAAAUCGCCUCACCAGGGAGCUGGGUGGUCGGUCGUUCGCUAUUCGAAAUGGCUGGACGAACACGCCACUGAAAAGGAACGCCUUUCGGUCAUCCAAGGAGCAUUCGAGUCCUACGUCCAGGGCGUCAAGCAGCGGCAAGCGAAAGAAUUCGCCAAAGAUUACGCUAUUAUGGUCCAGCUCCUUCUAAAGGCCCUUGCCACUCUGUAAUACAAUCGAAGAAUAAUAAAACCAAUUUUUCUAACCGUUUUGUCAACAAUA